AUGAGCGGUGACAAGGAGCAAGCAUCCUCCUUGUUGGACUCUGGUAAAGCCAGAUAUGCGGAGGAGCACCAGCUCGGAGAAGGAGGCUGCGGAGCAGUGUUUGCUGGCUACCGGAUAGAAGAUCGUUUUCCAGUUGCCAUCAAACACAUUCCCAAAAAUAAAGUCUACUGCAAAGUGGCGGAUGAAAGCGGGAAGAAGCUCUCAGUGGAAGUGGCCAUUAUGGUUAAACUUGCAGGUGAAGCAGAAGGGUCAGUGGGAAUAUCUGCACCUGUGUCCUUGCUGGAGUGGUUCGACCUUGGCAAAGAGCUGAUCCUGGUGCUGGAGAGACCUGUCCCCGCUGUGGACCUGCAAAAAUACAAAGCAGAAAAUGGAAGAACUUUAACAGAGGACAAGGCCAAGGUCAUUCUGAAGCAACUAGUUGAUGCUGUAAAGGAACUUGAGGAUAAACACAUCUUUCAUCGGGACAUCAAGGGACAAAACAUUCUGAUUGAGACCGGCUCAGAUGUGCCUCGUGUUCGCAUCAUUGACUUUGGACUGAGCUGCUUUGUUAAACAGCGAUCUCUGUAUCGCAUCUUCUAUGGCACUCCUCUUCACAUCCCUCCCGAGUGGUACAUUAGGAGCUGCUACAGGUGUGGACCCACCACGGUGUGGCAAAUGGGAGUGGUGUUGUAUGAAGCGCUUCAUGCACAAUACUUUAGUACCGCGAGGUUCCUCACAAAGAAACUGAGCAUCAAAAGCAUCUGUCCACAGAAUGCCGCAAUUUCUUGGACGCAUGUUUAGCUAUAGUCCCGGAGAAGCGCCCAACACUGGAGGAGCUCCAGCUUCACCCCUGGCUAAGAUAACACACACAAACACACAAUUCACACCUUAUCAUAUAAGUAUGAUACAUUGUAGUAACUUUCUUUCUUUUUCUGUUGGAC